AUGACUCUGGGUGAUGUGGACAAAGAAAAGACCAUACAUCCGUUUCCUUCAGAGGUACAGGAGAAUUAUGACGCAUCACAAGCUGGAACGAAUAAAGCUAGUAAAGGUGGAAUAAUAUAUGCGGACUACCUUCAGCUGGAUAAAAUCAUCAACGCACAAGAACUGGUUAGUGAAAAGAAGGGAAACAAGAUACAUGAUGAACAUCUUUUUAUUAUAACCCACCAAGCUUAUGAAUUGUGGUUCAAGCAGAUUCUUUGGGAACUGGAUUCAGUACGGGAAAUAUUUCAGAAUGGUCACGUAAGAGAUGAAAGAAAUAUGUUGAAGGUGAUCUCAAGAAUUCAUCGAAUCGCGACAAUCCUUAAACUCCUAGUGGAUCAGUUUGCAGUUCUGGAGACAAUGACAGCUUUGGAUUUCUUUGAUUUCAGAAAUUACUUAGUACCUGCAUCUGGAUUUCAGAGCCUACAGUUUCGCCUUAUAGAGAAUAAGAUCGGAGUUCCAGAGAAUCUGCGGGUUCCUUACAACAGAAAGCACUAUAGGGACAACUUCAAAGGGAGGGAAAAUGAGUUACUUCGUCAAUCUGAGAUGGAACCUACGCUGCUACAACUCGUUGAGCAAUGGCUCGAGAGAACUCCUGGACUUGAACCUGAUGGGUUUGAUUUCUGGGGCAAAUUGAAAAUCAACAUUGAAGCAGGGUUGGAAGAAGAAUUUACAAAUCUUCAGAAGUCAAAUCCUGCAUUUGAGGAGAAGGAAGAUAUGUUGUUGGAAUUUAACAAACGGAAGGAGAUGCUGACAUCGCUGUUUGAUGAAAAACGUCAUGAGCAUCUGUUGAGUAAAGGUGAACGGAGAGUAUCAUACAAGGCAAUGCAGGGGGCUCUCAUGAUCUACUUCUACAGAGAAGAGCCACGUUUCCAGGUGCCAUUCCAGUUACUGAAUUCACUCAUGGAUAUUGAUGCUCUUAUGACUAAAUGGAGAUAUAAUCAUGUUUGUAUGGCACAAAGGAUGAUUGGUGGUAAAGCUGGUACAGGCGGAUCAUCUGGUUAUCAAUAUUUACGUUCCACCAUGAGUGACCGAUACAAAGUAUUUGUUGACCUGUUUAAUCUUGCAACCUUCUUGGUCCCACGACACUGGAUUCCAAAGCUAACAUCGUCAAUCCACAAAUUCCUCUACACUGCAGAGUGCUGUGAUAGCUCAUACUUCAGCAGUGAGGAAUCUGACUGAAGUCAAGAUCGCAUCAAUGUUUCACACGGAAUAUGAUUCAGAAAGGAAAAUACAUAAAGUUCAAGAUAUUCAAAGCUUAUAAUGCAAUCUUUUCCUCAAAUACAUCAUCAAGCAAGACAGAGAAAGAACUUGGGAUAAAUCUUAUGAUAGUGAAAUGUAUGUACUAACAAAUUGAGCACAAAUUUUACAUCUUCCCAGAUUCUUACUUCUGUUGAUUAUCUUGUGCUUUCAAUCUAAUCUGCUUGACUAGCACCCUACUAAAUACCACUAGAUGUAACUGGUUUGUUGCACCAAUUUCACAAAUAUAGUGGAUUCUGGUUAACUGGGACACAUCAUACAUUUUGGCUCAAUUAAAUGGCUGCCCCCAAUUAGCUGAAGUUUCAAAGAAAUAAUUUAAAAAGGUUUAAAAAUAACAAACUACUGUUUAACUGAGUAACAAAUUAGGCAUUUAAAUAAAAUACAGAAGAACUUAGAACAGUACCAGUGUUACUAGAGUACUAUAAAAUGUGUAUUAGUUCCUAAUAGUUAUCAGUGGAGGAUUUAAUCCAGUGUAUGCUGCUGUGUAUGGUGUGUCCAAUAAGGGGUAACAGCUCUGGUGAAGAAGGUUGUUGCAUCCAUUAUGGGGCAGCUCAUUCACCAUUGGAUCCCACCAGACACUCAGCUCUCACCUGUGGCUCCAAGUAGCCAUUUGCUUGCGACAAUGGCCACACCCUAGUAUACUGCUUUGACAAAUGGCCCUCAAACCCUGGUGAAAUAGAGACAUGCUUGUCCCAGUAAGACUCCAGUUUGUGAGCUGACUGAUGUGAGGUCAGCUUUGGUGGACCGGGCAGAUGAGAUUCACAGUGAGAUCCGAUGGCCAGGAAGGCUGUUCUGCAAUGAGAGUGCAUGAAAAAGUACAGAAGUCAUGGUAAUCCAUUGAAUCCAAGACCCAGGUUUGUGAGGACUACCCAUACCACUGGACCUGGAUUUCUGAGGUUGAGAGAGUGGAACUGCCCCAGUCCAAUUGUUUUUCCCACUUUAAGAACUCUCCCUCCCAGGUUUCACUGUCAUUGCUGGAUACAGCCGGCAACCAACAGUUUGCCGUGCACUUUUGAUUGGCUGUAAAUGAACAGAAUUAGUGCAGACACCUAGUGUAGAAAAUGGACUACUUUCAUACAAUGCUUACAAAAAUUGUAUCUCCAAGUCUUCAUUUUGAUUGUAACAUUCAAGAUGAUUGUCAAGAACCUUCAAAUUUUCCUUCGUUCCUAUCUUGCUGAAGUAGUGAAAUCAUUUCAUUUUCAGUCCCAGCUACUUCUAGCAUUUCCAAACCUGAAUGCUUGAAACUGCAGUGAGCAAAAUGGUUCCAAGUUGUCUUAUUGAUUGCAUCUUGGUAACUAUCAGUGACAAAAAUAAAUACUUUUUGAACAUAAACAUAUGCAACUGAUGCUGUUAAAAAACUGUUCGCUCUAAGCAUAAUGUAAUGUCUAACAGUCACACAAGUUCUCACAACUGAUGCUAGUUAGAAACUGUUUGGCAACAGACUCCUGGCCCAAUUAAGCAAGAUACUGCCCUAAAUAAACAAAGGAAAUCCCAACUAUUUUUGCAAUUAGUUUUCGUUCUUUAAGAAUUAUCCCAAAUAAUUAAUCAAUGGACCAAUUAAUCAGAAUCCACUGUAUUUAUUCAUAUUUUCAUUACCUAUAUUUUUAUUAGAUAGUAUGUAGAAUAUGUAAAAUCAUUUUCAUUCUGUAAUUGAUGCACACUCUUAAUGUUAUAUUUCAAAAAAAGGGCAAUAUUGCUUCUGAAAAUUAAUUGACAAGCCUUUUGACAUAAGUACUAUAAAUAUAUAGUGAUAUAAAUGUUAUCAAAAGGGCCUUGUGUUUGGUAAGAUAUCAUUCUAAUUCGUGUCAUUCUAGUCAUUACUCCACAAAAUGGUAAUAAUUAAGAGAUCUAAACACAUUCUAAGGUUGAAUGAUUAUUGUUAAGCUAGACAUUAUAAAGCAAAAUUCAUGUACUAUUUUAAAGAUGUAUUGAUAUUAUUUUCAGUUGGUUUUGAAAUACAGCCUAACAUUUAUUAACAAAUGACCUGCUAUUCUGCUCUAUAUUUCGCAAAACACACAUUUCAGCUCCAGUUCUCAUCACCAUGGAAUUUCUCACCUACUUUGUAUAGAUACUCUGGCUCACCAUUUCUCACUAAUUUUAUGGUUAUCUGUCCUAGUGUACUCUACCAUAUGCUUCAUUCUGGCCUAAUGUAACAUCCACCAGCUUGUUGACAUCUAACCCAUCAAAGAUGGUUCCUCUUUUAGCUGUCUUCUUCUGUAAUUCCCUCUUAAAUAAUUUCCUGAAGGUCUAUUCGCCUUGUUGCAAUUUAAAUCAUUUUAAUUCCCUUUUCCAUUUCUUCUGGCUGUUUGUGUAUUCGUUUGUCUACUUAUUAAAAUUAAAAGUAAAGUAAUAAUGCCUAAGUUUACUUAAUAGAGAUCCCGAGAAGAGUCAAGGGUGAACUGUGCUUAAUUAAAACUGGCUGGUUGUCUUUACUGCAGGCAUCAGGCCAUAUUGGUGUUGCUUGAUCUUUUGCCUGCUUGGCUUAUACAAACAAUUCAGUGGUCAUAUGCUGCAUGAUUCAGCAGGGCACCAAUAUUUUGAGUAGUCAACAGUUAGAUUUGCUGCACCAUUUGAUAAUAACAUGCUUGAUACUCUUUAUCAAUAUUAUCUUCCCACUUUCUUCCGAGAUACCUUAAAGCUAUCUUUUGGAUAAGAAAUCAAUUUACCUCCUUAAACAUAUUCGUCAAUUUUGGCUUAUAGUGGAGAAUUCUACUGAUU